GUUUGUUCCGGAAACAUGUCUGGACGCGGCAAGGGUGGGAAGGGCCUAGGCAAGGGGGGCGCCAAGCGCCACCGCAAGGUGCUGCGCGACAACAUCCAGGGCAUCACCAAGCCCGCCAUCCGGCGGCUGGCCCGGCGCGGCGGCGUCAAGCGCAUCUCCGGCCUCAUCUACGAGGAGACCCGCGGGGUGCUCAAGGUGUUCCUGGAGAACGUGAUCCGGGACGCCGUCACCUACACGGAGCACGCCAAGCGCAAGACGGUCACGGCCAUGGACGUGGUGUACGCGCUCAAGCGCCAGGGCCGCACCCUCUACGGCUUCGGGGGCUAAGAUGACCUUAAAUCGUCGCACCUAUUGCCCAAAAGGCCCUUCUAAGGGCCACCCA